UACUCUUUAUGAUGUGCUAGCGAGUGGGGCUACGGGCUAAAGUGUCGUCUAUGACGUGGGACUUUCAUUUUUUUUAACACAUUAAGUCAAAUUGGUCUUUGAAGACUACUUUGUGUUUGCACUGGAAGUCUAGCACGAAUUUAACCCCUCCGAAGUAUUGCUUUUGAGUGUCGAAGCACUUCAGGGUCCCGGAAAGACGUAUGCUAACUUUGCUAACCUAGUCGCUGUUUCGGCGGCUUUCUUCUGCGUCUGUGUGCGACUUGAAGUCAACCAAAGUGGCUUGGUUCUCUUUUCAUUGUUAGCCUGGACCCGAAAAGUUCGUCUGGAUCUAAAAUGAUCAUUGAGAACUUGGAAGCCCUUAAAACAUGGCUGUCCGAAACACUGGAGCCCAUCUGUGAUGCCGACCCAUCUGCUCUGGCCAAGUAUGUUGUUGCGUUGGUGAAGAAAGACAAAAGUGAAAAAGAGCUGAAGGAACUAUGCAUUGAGCAGUUGGAUGUGUUUCUACAGAAAGAAACGACGGAAUUUGUCGACAAGCUUUUUGUAGCUAUUGACAACAAAAGUUACCUCCCUAAGUCUGAGCAGCCCCUAGUGGAAGAUAAGAUAGAAAAGAAGGAGCUGAAAAAAGAUGAGACUGUCUCCGAAGAGGAUCGUGAAAAGACCUUUUCUCGACGGGUAAACUACAGUCCCCCACAGUCGAGUUCACGAUACAACAGAGAUAGCAGGAGGGGGGAUGAUCGAAAAAGGAAUGAUCGCUCUAGGAAACGUGAUUAUGAUCGGAACCCGCCCAGAAGAGACUCAUACCGUGAUCGCUACAACCGGCGGAGAGGCCGCAGCUACAGUCGGAGCAGGAGCCGUAGUUGGAGCAAAGAGCGUCCUCGUGAUCGGGACAGAGAAAGAGAGAGGGACCGGAUUCGGGACAGAGAUCGUGACAGAGAUAGAAGCAAGAGUCGAUCACACUCAAGAUCCAGAAGUAGAAGCAGAGAGCGAGACUCAACAAAGUUAAAAUACGAUCACGACAGAACAGACAGGCCAGAGGCUGCUGAUGGUUACAUCUCUGCUGCUCUGGAUUCAACUGCAACCACCUCGCACUUCCCAGUGCCAACAUUGAGCAGCACCAUCACUGUCAUCGCUCCAACUCACCAUCUCCGCAACAACACCAUUGAAAGUUGGUCUGAAUUUUGUCCUGAUCGUCCCAGUGAUCAUGGUCCUUUUGCUAGAGGACCCCCUCCUCCUCAACCCAGGAAAAGAUGCCGUGAUUAUGAUGAGAAAGGUUUUUGUAUGCGCGGCGACUUGUGCCCUUUUGAUCAUGGAAGUGACCCAGUUGUAGUGGAGGAUGUGGGCUUGCCAACUAUGCUGCCUUUCCAACCACCACCAAUUCCUGGUGUUGAUCCCCCACCACCGCCAGGUCUCCCACCCACAACGCAACUGUUGAAUCCUCCGCCUGUAAACUUGAGACCACCAGUGCCCCCACCAGGCACACUUCCACCGAGUCUUCCACCUGUUGCAGGUCCCCCUCCUCCUCUGCCUUCACUUCAACCAUCUGGCAUGGAUGCGCCGCCAAACUCCAUCACAAGCUCAGUUCCUACCAUAGUCACGUCUGGCAUGCGCGCAUCAAUUCCUCAGGCGCCACCACCUCUCUUUACUUCUGACUCAUAUGAGACAGAUGUCUACAAUCCUGAAGCCCCCAGUCUUUCCAAUACUUCCAGACCAAUGUACCGCCACCGGGGCAACCCUGAGAGGCCCAACCUGAUUGGCCUGACAAUGGGAGAUGUGGACCAGUCACACAGAGAAAAGAUUCCUAAUAACAGUUCCAGAAUUGUUAUGGAAUCUGAUCCACGGAAAAGGCCGGCUGGUGGACAUGAUGGAAUUUACCCCCCAAAAAAACCCUGGUUUGAAAGGUCCAGCUUCAACAAACCAAACCACCAUGGCUUCCCAAAUAGGGGUCAGUAUGCUUCUCCUAGAACAAAGCUGCUGGUUCUGCAAAUUCCUCCAGAGCUCAACAAUAUCAGCAAACUCAAUGAACAUUUCAGCAAAUUUGGAACUAUUGUCAACCUGCAGGUGGCCUACCAGAACAACCCAGAAGGGGCUCUCAUUCAGUUUGCAUCACCAUUUGAGGCCAAACGAGCAUUUCAGAGCACUGAAGCAGUUCUUGAUAACCGCUUUAUCAAGGUGCAUUGGUUUCGUGAGAAUGGAGCUGAAGGACCAAUUAUGGGUCAAUCACAUCCACAUCAGCAAACGCAACCGAAAACGGACUCAUCAACGGUACUAAGGCAAUCUAUCAAGGACCGCCUCGGACCUAUGGUCAUUUCAAACCCUGAGCCUUCCCCAGAAUCUACUAUGCUGCAUAAGGUGCCAGUGAAGGACAGCUUUGGAGUAUCUACCAAAUCAGUCUCUUCUGUGGAGAAAGGUUUUCCCACUACAACAGGCCUCACCAGGACAAUAUACACCCCUGCAGCCCCGCAGAUAUCCCCAGAGGAUGCUCUGAAGAAGAAACAGGAAGCCUUGCGAUUACAGCAAGACGUUAGAAAAAAGAAGCAGGAAAUUCUGGAGAAACACAUUGAAACACAAAAGCUCCUGAUCUCCAAACUUGAGAAGAACAAAUCAAUAAAACCAGAAGAGAAGGCCAAAAUCAUGGAAACAUUGGAUAUGUUAACUAAGGGCAUCACCAAACUGCAGGACGAGAUUAAAAGCUUCUCUGGCAGCAACAACAUGCUCAGGCCUUCCAAAAGCCGAGCUGAGGCUCAGCGAGAACUGCUUGAUGCUGAACUGGACCUUUUCAAAAAAGCCCAAGCUGGGGAAGACACUGCUUUGUUGAAGAUGAAGUUCACUCAGCUACAAAUUGAGGCAGCUAAAAGGGGAAUAUUGGCCCCCGGAAGAGGACGGGGGCUUGCUACCCGUGCACAUGCUCGUGGUCGUGGGUCUUCCUGGUCAAGAGGAAGGGGCGGGGCCAGGGGUCGUGCAAGAAGUGUUCCCAUGCAUGCAGUCAUUGACCACAGACCCCGAGCACUCAAGAUUUCUGGCUUCACAGAAGCUGAACAAGUGAAUUUGCUACCCCACUUUGCACGAUUUGGGGAGAUCGAGGAUUGCCACAUUGAUGAGAAGAAACUGGCUGCCAUUGUUACCUACAGGACCCGAGCAGAAGCAGAACAGGCGGCUCUUCAUGGGGUGAAACUGAACAGCCAUUGUCUGUCUCUGUCCUGGCACAAACCCGCCUCAGUCCACAGCGCCGCUGAUCCCGAUGAGCCUGAUGCAGAGGAUGAAGAGUUCCAGGAGGAGACUCUGAUUGAUGAUGCACUACUGCAGGACGAUGACGAGGAAGAGGAUAACGAACCUCGUCCUUGGCGCAGAUGAAGAACACUUCUAAAAGAGGAGACACCACCUCAAAAUUUGUACAAUUUUGAGCACAUUUCACCCACAACUAGAUUUUUGAAGAUGAACUAGUUUGGUUAUUUUUAACUUGUGUACCAGAUGGACUAAUGCUUUUUUAAAUGUUCUUAACAUUAUAUAUUUUUUCUUCCUUUGUGGCGCGUCAGGGAGGGGAGGAGCAGCGUGGACGUGUAGCUGCUGGGUCAUCUGUGAAUCUAAAAAUCCAAACCUGUGUUGCAGUUGUACCUGUCAGACUGUAGCGUUUGCCCAACAGAUGUAGUUGAACUGGUGUGCUGUAAAUAUUUGAUGUCUUAAUUUCAAUACUUUGUACGAAUGCUGUUUUUUUUCCUGUCAUUGGCUUUACUUUGGAAUUGUACAAAAAUAAAGAAUUGGAAUGGUCGCUCUAAAACUGCCCUCAAAGGAAAAAAAAAACAAUCGGCAGUUAAAAAAAAUCCAUAAGGAGCAAAGACCAUUUCAAAACAAACAAAAAAACUUCAUCUAAAGAGCAAAGUUCUUUAAAAUUCACAUCACAUGGUUGCAAAACUGGGUUGGGUGAGGUCACUGGUGGUAAGUGUGCACACUCACGCGCUCGUACUGUUACCGUGUGUCCCAACAUGAUGAGAUUCACUAUUUUAUGUUUUGUUUUUUUGCAGUUCCUGGUCAUGGCUGGCUUCCUGGAGUGAGGGCAACGUUUCCUUCAUUUUAUGUUGAUUAAUCUUGACACGAUUGUUGCGACUUAACAGUAUGUGAACUUUGGCUGUAAAUAAAUGCCAGAUCA